CAGACCAUUUGGAUGAGCUGCGCCAUCGACACGCUCAGCAUCGUGCUGCUCGACAUCGUGCACCUGCUCUCCGAGCUCAACGACGUUGUGGCCUUUGUGUCGGCGCUGCCGAACGUACCGCCGGCCCUUCACGCGCUGCUCUUACUCAGCCAAUCGAUGGAACUCGAGCACCACUGGCCGUGCUUGUAUCUCGAGAGAUUUCCAGUGCAGAUCAUUGACCUCGGCAUCGCUGCGCUGCCCGCCUUUCCGUAUGUAUACGUGGGGCCCGCCACGGAUCUCCGAUGGCAGGCAGCGGCACUGCCACGAUCGGUACGCGUCCGUCUGCCCAUAUCACCGGCACUUGCGCGCGUUUGGGGCGACCGCGUCCGGCAUGUCUCGGUAGAGAAAGAUGCAACGUUCUCAGCUCAAGUGCACAAACUACUUGACUCGUGCCGCUACAUUGAGAGCGUCGACGUCCGCUUGUCCGAUCCAGUGAGCGCAGCGCUUUGGAUUUCGGCGUUCACGCGACCAGCGUUUCCGUUGCGCUCGCUCAGCUUCGAAAUGACGCGCUACACGCCAGGUUCGGUGGACGACUGCAUGCCGCUGGCGCGCGCGCUCCUCGCGUCGCCGUCGCUCAAGACUCUUAUCCUCAAUGGCGCUGACGACGUUCACGCGGCACUGGCUGCCUUGGACGGCGAUCUCCACUGCGUCAGGACGUUCCACUCGACGCGAACGGCCCCCGAGGCGAAGGUACAAACGCUUCUGGACAAACUGGAUCCUGCUCGAGUCGUCAACCUACGCGUCUCGCACUGCGUCGACGUCUCGCGCUUUUGUGCCCUUCGUUACCUCGGUGCGUGGGAUGACAAGCUGGACCCCCGACAUCUCGCUGGAGGUCGAUGCCCCGACCUGCGCUGCGCUGUCAUUUCUGACAUUCCCGCUACCGACAUGCCCAGCGUUGUCGCGUGGCUCAGCACGUCACGGGUCCUGACCAAAGUAGAGACAUGGACCAAGACCGUGGACGAGCGUGGCAUCGAGUCGAUCUCGCGCGCCUUGCCAGAGUGGCUGGCCCGAGGUCUGGAAGAGCUCAGUUUGAGCUUUGCCCCUCUGAGCAAGCAAGGGCUCUUGCUCGUAGCCGACGCACUGACGACAAAGCGCGACGAUCGUAAACGACUCCGGGUAUCGUUGGCCAUCGCCAAACGAGCGCUGGACCUCGAAGAAACGCGCGCACUUUUCACCGCCGUCGGCUCGUCCCCGGACGUCACAUUGACCGUCAAAAACGUCAUGAGCUACCCGCAAGCCGUGUUCCCAGAGCUGGCUGUGCAAGCCCGCAUCGAAGCCGAUCGCUGGGGGCAAAGGUUAGUGGUUGAGUUUAAGGCGCUAUCGUAAUAAAUCGUGGCCAAGCGGUGGCAACGUUGAUAAAACCAACGACAUGUUCUGGACCGUCAC